UGAUUGGCUGAGCGCCUCCCUGGCAUCCUUCCUGCGGCUGGUGCUGGUGCUGGUAGGGAGGCUUCAGAGACGGACAGUAUAGCUGUGGGAGCCAUGUUGAUGUUGCCUGGUUUUGGGUCAACUACUGCACUUUGGAUUGUUGAAGAAUUGCGUUUGACGGACCGGGAGCCUUAGCGGUCGCUCCAGUACCGCGAUGAAAAGAGCAGAGCGGCCUGGGAUGGCACAGGAAGCGCUGGAGGGGAGCUUCUCAUAGGUUUCCAGACAUCAUCACACAGUUGAUCCCAAGCAAGUGAAGUUAAUGCUAGUUAGCCGCGUAGCGAGCUAGCAACAGCUGUAAAGACGCUGCGUGGGAUGCGGUGUGGAUUCGCUGCUUAAAACAUUAACCUUGUUCUCGCUGCUGUUUUGUAUCGUGUUGUGCUAACGUUAGCUAGACCGCUUGGAGACUCUGUUAAUAAAAGGGCCCGCUAAGUUCACGUUAGCUUGCUAAGUUGCCUUUUGUAAAGCUAGCUGGCUGUUAGCUAGCAUGCCGACAAUCACCUCUCCUCCUCACGACUAACGUUUUCUAGCUGAGUGGACUCUCUAACUUAGCGGUAACGUUACUUUAAUCAAACGGCUUGCCUGUUAUGGACCGUCAUGUUUUGUGAAAAGAGCCACAAAAUAAUCCGGAGUUAACAUAUGGCGAUAGCUACCUCCAGUUUGUGCGGAAUGCUACCUAUUCGCCUGCCCAACUUGCCAAGGAGCAGCUAAGUGGCUAGCAGCGUAACUUUUCUUUCAUCGUGUUACUCCAGCUCAGCAGGCAGAAGCUGCAGCUCGCUCGCUCGCUAGCCCAUCUCUCGUCCCUGAAGCAAGCUGGCGGCCCUUCGAGUAGAAGCGGAGGAGAAGGAGUUGGGGGCGAUGGCCUGGGUGCUGAAGAUGGACGACGCCACCAUCGAGUCGGGGCUGGUGCAUGAUUUCGAUGCCAGUCUGUCAGGCAUCGGGCAGGAGCUGGGGGCUGGCGCCUACAGCAUGAGUGAUGUGCUGGCUCUGCCCAUCUUUAAGCAGGAGGACUCCAGCCUUCCCUCCGAAAAUGAGACCAAAAAUCCCCCAUUCCAGUAUGUGCUGUGUGCCGCCACCUCGCCCGCUGUCAAGCUGCAUGACGAGACGCUCACAUACCUAAAUCAAGGCCAGUCUUAUGAGGUGCGUAUGUUGGACAACAGGAAGCCAGGGGAGUUACCAGAGCUCAACAACAAGAUGGUUAAGAGCAUAGUGCGAGUGGUGUUCCAUGACCGUCGGCUGCAGUACACAGAGCACCAGCAGCUGGAGGGCUGGAAGUGGAAUCGUCCUGGUGACCGUCUCCUUGACAUCGAUAUUCCUAUGUCAGUGGGCAUUGUGGAGCCCAAGACCAACCCCUCCCAGCUCAACGCUGCAGAGUUCCUCUGGGACAUCAACAAGAGAGCUUCUGUAUUUGUGCAGGUGCACUGCAUCAGCACAGAGUUCACUCCCAGGAAGCAUGGUGGAGAGAAGGGUGUUCCCUUCAGGAUCCAGAUUGACACAUUCGCCCAGGGAGACAGUGGAGAAUACACUGAGCACCUCCACUCUGCCUCCUGCCAAAUUAAAGUCUUCAAGCCAAAGGGGGCCGACCGCAAGCAGAAGACAGACAGGGAGAAGAUGGAGAAACGCACAGCUCAAGAGAAGGAGAAGUACCAGCCUUCUUACGAUACCACUAUCCUGUCAGAGAUGAGGCUUGAGCCCAUCAUAGAGGAUGCAGGCGACCACGAGCUGAAAAAGUCCAGCAAGCGGACACUACCCGCUGACUGUGGCGACUCCCUGGCCAAGAGAGGCAGUUGUUCCCCAUGGCCAGACAACGCCUACGUCAGCACCAACCAGGCAGCUACCCCCUCCUUCACCUCCGCCCCUCUGUCCACCUACUCAGCCUCCUCUGUCCCAGACAGUGACUCGUCCUCUCCUAAUCACCAAGCAGAUCCUGCCAGCCAUGGCAACUCAGAGCAGUUGAGCCCCACCGCCUCCAUACAGGACGCCCAGAAAUGGCUGCUCAAAAACCGCUUCAGCUCCUACACACGACUCUUUUCUCACUUCUCAGGUUCUGAUUUGUUGAAGCUGACCCGGGACGACCUGGUCCAGAUCUGUGGGCCAGCUGAUGGGAUCAGGCUCUUCAAUGCACUUAAAUCCAGGUCUGUGCGUCCGAGGCUGACAGUGUACGUCUGUCAGGAGUCUCCCAGUGAGAGCCCCCUGCUGGAGAGACGUGGCAACAACGAGAACGGAGAGCACACAAACCCGUCUAGUUUAUACGUGUACCAUGCUCUGUACCUGGAGGAGCUGACAGCAGCAGAACUGAUCCGCAAGAUGGCGUGUGUGUGCAGCCUGCCACUGGGAAAGAUCAACCAGGUGUACCGGCAGGGGCCCACAGGCAUACACAUUCUACUUAGUGACCAGAUGGUUUACAACUUGCCUGACGAGAGCUGUUUUUUGAUCAGCACUCUCAAAGAUGAAUUGGGUGAAGGACUCCAUUUAAUCCUGAAGUAGUGAGGAAGACUGAUGGCAUCGCUAACACUCCACCCUCUGUUUUGGAGCAGAAGCCUCCCUCUGUCCCUCUCUCUCUCCUCUCUCCCCUCAUACUUCCUCCCUCCCUCUCUCUCUCUAAAUGUUCAGAUGACUUGAUGGAAGGCAGAGAGACUGAGCUAAGCCAUGUAAAUGUUAGAAUCUGACAUGGGUGUGUCCAUUGUUUCAUAUUGAAAACACUAUUAAUGGGGGAGAUUAGUUAUAAGAGGAGAGACUGGGGGUGUAGAGUUACGGGAGCGCUCAUGACGUGCUAUGUAUUUUCAUUUCAUUUUAGUAUGUUAUUUUUUUUGUCUUUUAUAUAUGGUUCUAUGUGGGAAGGGAUAGGGAGAGGCUUGAGGAAAGAGGGAAGAGUGUGAUGGUCUGGCCAGCCUAAAUAGCUCACACAACCAGUACUAGGCCAGUAUUUGAUCUGUUAUGCUGAACAGCAUGUAAACUCAACAUACUAACUUGCUUAGAGGGGAAACCCGACUUACUCUGCUUGUUUAGUCGUUAGCUGUUGCCAGCAUACUAUGGGGGGUUUGGUCUUAAUAAACCACACCCAUUUACAGUUCAGCCAAGCUUAAUUAACUCCAGAAAUGUCCAGAUCUCCACUAAAAUGGUGUCAUAUGUGGAUGUUGUCACCUACAUUUAAAAAAAAAAAAAAAAAAGCUGAAAAAAGUAGACUGAUCUAACAUAUCUCUUAUCAAACGGAAUGAGUCAGGAAGACUUGCAGCCAUAUUUCUGUCUGCUGAUUGCCCUGCGUUGACACGACGUCGUCACACUCAGCUCUAGUUUCUUUAAAACUUCAUUUAUGUUAUACUCUGCCUGAGCUUUUAUUGUUUUUAGUUGAUGCUUUAUUUAUGGAUGAGUUGUUCCUGUUUCUGUCACGUGAAAUGACUUGUUUCUGGUGCCAUACUGGGUUUUCAGUUAGGGUCAGCACCCUUGCUUCACACACAAAUACACACACAUACGCAGCGCAUACACUUCUUUUUGCCCCCUCUGUUUGCUGUACUGACUUAGAAUCACUGAUUAGAGCAGUAUGGUUUACGCCUUCUGGGAUUUUGGCCAUGAAUUUUGAAGACAUUCACUUGAAACGAAUGCCGGGGGAGAGAGGAAGACGAAGCCUCUGUAGCAGACUGACAUGCAGCACCACUUGGGGGCAGAGCAGCAGUGCCCAUCCAAAACCGAUGAAGUGGACCAAACGGGUUUCAGAUCGAUCAGCAAAGCCUCACUGGCUCUGUACAGCUUGGUAGUUAGACUCACUCAAGAGUGUUGCACGUGGCAAAUGAAACCCUUAUCUAGUGGAGUUGCUCGUGUACUGCAUGUACAAAGUAGUGAAUCCUCCAUUCCAGGAUCUAUUCAGCAAGACACAAACCAUCACACAAAGCUCCAGUAGAAACGUAUCAGUGCGGUAGCCCGGUUUCCAGUGUCUUAUCCUGUAGACUAGAGAGACGUGUGUCAGCUCGUACAGCACACUUCUGUCUGCAGAUUAUUGUGUUUUUAUGUAGCUGAACACAGGAAGGACAGGGCGUUUGUGUGUGUGCCCUGACGUCCUGAGUGCCGCCGUUGUUUUGCAGCCCCAUCCCCUGCCCUCUCCCUUCAGGUGAACAGUGUCUGGCAGUGCAUAUAGUGUGUGCGCGUGUGUGUGUACACUCUUGUAAGUGUAAGGACGUGUGUGUGUGCAUGGUAAUAAUUUUUCGUUCUUGAAAUUCUUGCAAAGAAGACUUAGUUGACUUAUGUCAGUAGUUGUCACAAACUUUUUUCCUGUCGGCAUGAUGAAAUUGUGUUUGCCAUGUAGUAAAGAGCAUGGGGGAAGAGGGGGGAUGGAAGGGAUGGGAUAGUUUGGUUCAUGUCAAAGUGUAGCCCCGCCCUCUUUUUCCAGAUGUUAAAGACCAAGCCUGCACUGAAAAACACAGAAAUCAAACUUGAUGUCUAGUUGGUAGUCCUACAGCCACGCCCUUUUCUUACCUGCCUGUGAGAGGAGAACAAAAAAA